CAGCUGCUGAACAGCCCAGACAUUGCGCAGGAUACAGUAUAGCUGGGGAACGGCGAGAGAGUUACGGUAGUUUUCCUAGCACUUGAGUUGGUUUAGUGCAUGAAAUAAAUGACUCUUUGGAAAAAGCUCAUGUGUUAGAGCAGGGUUUUUGUCGGAAUACGCAAAACUGGAUGAAGUUGCCAAACGUAAGUAACCUGGGAAAAUGUAUGGCUGUUUAGUGCAGUCAACAGUAGGCAACAAAUAUGGCUUCGUGUGCCUUUUCCUAUUUGUUAUAAAAAAUUGCGGUCCCAUGCCAUUCUAUGUCAUGGCUGUUCUGCUGAAUUCAUACAAGUGACAAUUAGGAAGUUAGUUCCUUGUUCGCUUAUCGGGCAGGAGGGGGGUCAUUUUGGAGAAAUAAAGCCAAGGAUACGUUAGCUAACCAGUCUGCUAACGUUAGCUAGUUAGCUACCGAACUAAAGCGAACGGCAAUGGAGCCAAAGCACAAAGAGUUGUUAGACCAAUGCCACCAAAACUUGCUGGACUCAAUAACUGACGCAGACCGGCUGAUAGAGUUGCUGAUACUCUCCGGUACUCUAAGCCAGCUCGACCGCUUCGAACUGGACCAAAACUGCUCUUCCAGCGCGGAGAAAGUGGACCAGCUUUUGAAGAUGCUUGUGAACAAGGAAAGCGACCAUUUCCUCGAACUGUGUGUGGCCUUGGAGAAGACGUACCCUGAGCUGUAUUCUGCACUCUUUACUAACGGCGGUGGACCCGUUGACCAUUCGUCUGGCUCUACAUACAGUGUUCUCUCCACCAUGCCCUCAGAUUCUGAGAGUAGCAGCUCCCUAAGCAGUGUUGGUUCACCCCCCGGUACCGGCUCAGCCUCGUCUCCGCCCCCAGCCCUCAACGACAACCGGCCAGCUGGUGACAACCUGGACACCAUCCUGUUCCAGCUGCGCCAGGUGACCCGUGAGAGGGACGAGCUCCGCAAGCGCCUGGCCCUGGCAUCACCCGGCACCACCUUCGACGACUGCAGGCCAAAUUCCAAAGCCAGCCAUGAUUACGAGCGUCUGAAAAACCAGUGUAUGGGGGCCAUGGCAGAUCUCCAGACUCUACAGAACCAACACACCAAGACUCUGAAGAGAUGUGAGGAGGCUGUCAAGGAGGCUGACUUCUACCAUAUGCUCCACAGCCGUGUGUUAGGAGACCAGUCUCAGCUGAAGGAGGAGCUGGAGGUGUUGAGGAGAGACCACGCUCAGCUGGUCAGGGAACACAACCACCUGAAGCAGAGCUGUGAGGAGCUCCGCAGGAUGCACAGUGAUGGCCAGAAGGAGGUGGCUGACAUGAGGCUGCAGCAGCAAGAGGUGAUGAGAGAGAACGGUUCCUCAGAGGUUCUCAACAAACUGUACGACACAGCCAUGGACAAGCUGGAGGGGGUGAGGAAGGAAUAUGAUUCGCUGAGCAAACGCUACGGUGAGAAAGUUGCCAAUCACAACACUGACCUGAGCAGGCUGGAGCAGGCGGAGGAAGAGAACCGACGACUACAGAAACAGAUGGACACGUUGCUGAAACAACGAGACAAGGCCAUACACUACCAACAACAUUGCUCUACGUCUAUGAGGAGGUUUGACUCUGUACAACAGGAGCUGGACAAGUCUUCAGCCCAGAACAAGGUGCUGCAGCGGGAGAUGGAGCGGCUGCAGUCGGAGGUGAUGCGCUGUAAGAACUUCCAGCUGAAGGCAGUAAAGGACUGUGAGAAGUUCAAGGAGGAGAGAGACUCUGUGUUCAACGAGUACAGGCUCAUCAUGAGUGAGAGGGACCAGGUGAUCAAGGAGAUGGAAAAGCUGCAGAUGGCGCUGGAGGCUGCAGAGGCCCGCCUCAAAAACACCUCUUCUGAAAGGAUGGUGGCCAGCGAGGAGACGGAGGCUCUCAGACAGGAGCUGAACUCAUCGUUGGUGGACCGGGACAGAGCAAUCUGUGAGAGGAACGAGCUGUUGGAGAAGUACUGCCACGAGGUGAAGGACAAGGCUGAGGCCCAGAAGGAGUUGAGCCAGGCCUGUAAAGACAUCGAGACGGUCCGGGAGGAGAGAGACGUGGCCCGCAAGGAGAGGACAGAGGCUAUCAUACAGAAAGAACAGCUACUGAGAGAAUACUACCAGGCUAGACAGAAACAAGAUUCUACCACCCUGGAGAUAGAGCGUGUCAACAAGGAGAUGGAGGUGUUGCGGAAGCAGUACGAAGCCAUGUCCCAGGAGCUGAAGGAGGCCACGCAGGAGGCUGAGGUGGCCAAGUGUCGACGUGACUGGGCCUUCCAGGAGAGAGACAAAAUAGUGGCAGAGAGAGAGAGCAUACGGACGCUGUGUGAUAACCUGCGUAGGGAGAGGGACCGGGCAGUCAGCGAUCUGGCCGACGCCCUGCGUAACCUUGACGACAUGAGGAAGCAGAAGAACGACUCGUCACGGGAACUGAAAGAAUUCAAAGAGAAGAUGGAGAGCCAGCUGGACAAGGAGGCAAGGUUCUGUCAGCUGAUGGCACACAGCUCCCAUGAUUCGGCUAUCGACACAGACUCUCUGGAGUGGGAGACUGAGGUGGUGGAGUUUGAGAAGGACAGGGAUGACAUGGAUUUGAAGGCACUUGGGUUUGACAUAGCAGAAGGGGUAAACGAUCCGUAUUUACCAGGAGAUUGUGGAAUAUUUGUAACAAGAGUUGACAGAGGAAGUAUUGCAGAUGGAAGGUUAAGAGUGAACGAUUGGCUGCUGAAGUUAAAUGAUGUGAAUUUGACCAAUAAGGACAGGAAGCAGGUGGUGAACGCGGUGCUUAAUGGAGGCGGACUGAUCAACAUGGUGGUGCGCAGGAGGAAGUCUCUGGGAGGGAGGCUGGUCACCCCCAUACACAUCAACCUAAUCGGACACAAAGACAGCGGUAUAGGUCUGGAGAGUGGCGUGUUUGUGACGGCCCUGGUCCAGGGGAGUCCUGCUGCCAGGGAGGGAUCUCUGACAGUCGGAGACAGACUUAUCGCUAUCAACGGCAUCGCUCUGGACAACAAGUCGGUGACGGAGUGCGAGACUCUGCUGAGGAACUGUAGGGACUCUCUAAGCCUCUCUCUCAUGAAGUUCUUUCCUCACAGUUCGUCGGGCCAGAGCAUCUUCGAGAGCCUGCGGGAGUCAUCGUCCAACGGCCGUCUCUCCGAGGUACUCUCCAGGAACAGCCUCAAACACAACAGCUCCACGCAGACAGACAUCUUCUGCCCCGACACAGGAGGGGGGGGUAGUAACGUCAACAUCCCUGGAGAGAGGAGGAAGGGUGGGGCAGGUGAACCUGAGGAGGGGACGGGGGUGUACGGGGACAUCAGGAAGCCCUUUUCCAUGGUGUCUCUCCACUCAACCAGCCUUCGGCCGUCCUCUGACCUCAGUCUGGGUCCCCCAGGCCGCUACGGCUCCAGCGCCUUUCAGGAGUGCUGCUCUGGGUCCCCCUAUGCCAGUGCUCCCCCACCCCCCAUCACCUAUGACCCCUCUAAACCUGCCGACUGCAUCACCAUGGAGACCACGCUGGAGAGGAAGCAAAGUAGUGGUACCUGGCCCAAGGUGAUCGUAGGUGGGAUGUCCGUCGCCGUGGAUACGACCACAGCGAUGACUCCGACCCAACUGUCCAUCUUCAAGUCGCCCAAACAGAGGAAGUCUAUCUUCAACCCGGAUGCCUUCAAACCACGGCCUGAGACUGCGCCCCAGUCUUCCAAGAUGGAGUUCCUGUCGUCCAGUCAGCUGGUGGCCCACUCCCCGCAGCCCUCCAAGAUGGAGUCUCUCUCCUCCUCCUCUACGGCCACACCCACACCUCCGACUCCGCCCACCCGCAACGAUUCGUUCAAAUUCAAACACAAACAGCAGAGCAGCUCUGCUUCCGACUGCACGCUUACCUCCGACGGGGGCAAAGGGGAGGCUGUUGCCAUGGUUAUGGGGGAGAGCAGUGGGGAACGAGAGAGGGACAGGAACGGGAACCACUACUUCCUGGAAGGGAAGGUCCUGACACAGAGGAAGUCAUGUGACGAGGACAUUGGUCGAACCCGGGGUGAGGAGCCUGAGGUAAAGAGGCCCCGCCCUAAAUCUGCCCCAGCGCUCAGACGUAGGAUGACCCCCCAGUCCAUCACCCUGCCCUCCUUCCAGAGCUACUCCAAUGAUGACCACUCUCCAGAGCCCAGAGAGAUGCUUCGCUCCUCCCCCAACCGCUUCCACAGACAGAGUGUGGGCUUCGGCUCCACAGUCUACAACGGUACCUUGUCUGCAAAUUCGGCCCAUCGUGGCCUGGCCCCGUGUCCAGCAGUGACUGCUGUGAUGAGGAACCCAGUAUACACAGUCCGCAGCCACAGAGUCCACACCAACAACUGUCCCUCUGUCUCCUCCCAGAUCUGCCAACACCAGCACAACAACCAACACCACAGUCCGCAGCACCAGGGUCGUCUGAGCCUGGACCUCAGCCAGAAACGUCCAGCAGCAGACUACUCAUCGUCCUCGUCACGCAGCAGCAGCACCUCCCAUGGUACCAACUCACUACCCUCCAGUGCUCGCCUGGGCCUUGGUUGUUCCAGUAACGUCCAGUACCGGACAGAGAGGAUAAAGAUCCCCUCCACUCCCCGCUACCCACGGUCCAUGCUGGGCUCUGACAGAGGCUCCCUGUCCCAUUCAGAGUGCAGCAGCCCCAGCCUCAUCACUCCACCCCACUCACCUCUCAACCUGGAGACGUCCUCCUUUGCUAGCAGCCAAUCACAGAGCUCUAUCUCCACCCUGCCCAGAUUCUCCGUCAGCCCUGUGCCAAUAGGAGAGCGGAGGAAAGACCGGCCGUACCUGGAGGAACCUCGGAACGUGAUCGUUCACAAAGGGGCGGAGCCUCUGGGCAUCUCUAUCGUCGGUGGCGAGAACGGCGGCAUCUUCGUCUCCAAGGUGACGGGAGGCAGCAUCGCCCACCAGGCCGGCCUGGAGUACGGUGACCAACUCCUCGAGUAUAACGGUAUUAACCUGCGUAAUGCCACAGAGCAGCAGGCCAGGCUGAUCAUUGGUCAGCAGUGUGACACCAUCACCAUUAUGGCUCAAUACAACCCCCACAUGUACCAGCUGGGAAACCCCUCACGAUCCAGUUCUGGUCUGGAGCCGGUGAGCAGCCAGUUCACGCCCCAGGGCAGUGGAGCCACCACCCCAGACAACCACUCUACUAUAGACACUCUGAGUGAACAGGACGAAGGAACACUUACCCCCUCCUCCAAACAGACCACCCCUACAACUAGUUCUCACAGCUUCAUCAGGGUGUCGUCAGAGGGCAGUCGUAAGGUGUGUGAGCCGCGGGUGGUGACGGUGCUCAGGGCCCAGGGUGCAGAGCUGGGGCUGGGGCUGUGUGGAGGGAACCUCCGGGGGGUCUAUGUAAAGAGUCUGGAGAAGGACAGCCCUGCUAGGGGACCAGAGGGCCUGCAGCCUGGGGACCUCAUACUGGAGUAUGGGUCAGUAAAUAUGAAGAACAAGACUGUGGAGGAGAUGUAUGUAGAGAUGCUGAAGCCGGCCGAGACAGUCACUCUCAGAGUCCAACAACGACCUGACGACUUCAACAUGGUUAAAGACACACCGGGGGACGGCUUCUAUAUCAGAGCACUUUAUGAGCGGACUGCAGAGGCAGAGCUGGACCUGAGUUUUCAGAAGGAUGACAUUCUGUAUGUGGAUGAUACUCUACCAAUGGGCAGCUUCGGCAGCUGGAUGGUCUGGCAGCUGGAUGAGAACGCACAGCGGAUCCAGAGAGGACAGAUCCCCAGCAAAUACAUGAUGGACCAGGAGUUGUACCGACACAGUAUGACAGAGCUGAAGGAAGACAAGGACAGUAAGAGUCUGUCUGCUGCCGCCAGGAGAUCCUUCUUCAGGAGGAAGCACAAACACAAACGCAGCAGCUCUAAAGACGGCAAGGAACUGGUGGCCCAGGACGCCAUUAGCACAGACUCCAUACCAUUUCUAGAGGACUGUGUGAGCCUGGCGUACCAGCGGGUCCAGAAGGUAGUGUGUGUUUCCUCUAGGCCGGUCGUGAUCCUCGGCCCUCUCUCAGACCCCGUCAAGGACAUGCUGGUUAAAGAGUCCCCCGGGAAGUUCUGCAGAUGUGUCCUGGAGGUGAUGAAGGCAUCCCAGCAGGCUAUAGAGCGCGGAGUCAAAGACUGCCUCUUCAUCGACUACAAACGCAGGAGUGGCCAUUUUGAUGUGACCACCGUGGCCUCCAUCAAGGAGAUCACAGAGAAGGACUGUCACUGUCUGCUAGACAUCGCCCCCCACGCCAUUGAGAGGCUGCACAGCGUUCACAUCUACCCUAUCGUCAUCUUCAUCCGCUACAAAAACGCCAAGCAGAUCAAGGAACAGAAGGAUCCAGUGUAUCUGCGAGACAAGGUCUCUCAAAAACAUUCCAAGGAGCAGUUUGAGGUUGCACAGAAGAUAGAGCAGGAGUAUAGCACAUUCUUUACAGGUAUUGUCCAGGGCGGCUCUCUGCCCUACAUUUGCACUCAGAUCAUAACUAUAGUUGACCAGGAACAGAGUAAGGUCCUGUGGACUCCCCUUGGCUGCCCCUAGAGGGUGGAGGCCACCACUGCACCCUUGGCUGCCCCUAGAGGGUGGAGGCCACCACUGCACCCUUGGCUGCCCCUAGAGGGUGGAGGCCACCACUGCACCCUUCUCCCCUAGAGGGUGGAGGCCACCACUGCACCCUUCUCCCCUAGAGGGUGGAGGCCACCACUGCACCCUUCUCCCCUAGAGGGUGGAGGCCACCACUGCACCCUUCUCCCCUAGAGGGUGGAGGCCACCACUGCACCCUGUUGCACUGCGCCUCUCCACUCACAACAAACACUACAAAACCUUCCACACUAUACCAAUAGGUACACUACAGUAAGCUACUACACAUGUAAGCUAGAUAUUUUUGUUAUUGUUUUUAGGGUGUUGAUUUGUACCUUUUUAACCAGAGCCUUUUCUUCUCUGUGUAAUCUGUAGCAGGUUGGUAGAACUGACAGGGUGUUACACUUCAUUUGGUCUUCUCUAAGGGUUUUAAGGUGGUGAUUCUGUAAAGCUGCAUUGUAAGCAGUCUUUUACAGUUAAGACAUGAGUGUGUAUUGCUGUUAAAUGUUCUGCUGGAAUGUGUUAGACCCCCCUGACCCAGAAUCAGCCCUUAAAUCAAACCUGUGUAUCAAAUGACAUCACCCUGUUUUACACACCCCAUUCAAUGACUGACAACUAAUAAUGUGGAAUAAUAAUAACUGUGUGUGCGUAUGAAUCGUGUGUACGAGAGAGAGAGUAAUAUUAUUGAUGAAUUGUAAUGACUUUGUUGGUUGGAUUGAAACAUGGUCUUUGAUAUUGGUAUGAAGUUGACGCCAUAGAAACGUUACCUGUAGAACAGACAAACCUCUCCAAGCGAUAUGUCUUAUCGGUCUUCUGUCAAAAAUGUUUUAUCCAAAAGGCGAUUUUGAAAGGGUCAAAUCAAACAAUAUUUUACAGCUUUCAAUCAUACCAAACUUCGGUGUGCAUCACGUGUGUAACUGUGUCAAAUUAAAUUGUGUGUCUAUAGCAAAGCAAAAGCCAUGAAAAUCACACAUGGCAGUAGCGAAUGGUGUCUGGUCUAUUCGUUGCGUUUCUAUGGUUACUGCACGUGAGUGGACAGUUUACGGGCUUUUCGGAAGUGCCUUCCGUCGGAGACAGGCCCCCAUUCCUUACCCUUUCCGAUCUGAUGGAACAGAAUAAGUUGAAGCAAUAUGGCGAUAGGACCUCCCCAUUGGAAGGCUAGCUGGAGCCAUCACCAUGCUGUUCACACCCAUCUGUUACCUUCAGAUCUGCAAACAACAUGAAGUUAACACUAGGGUUGCAAAAUUCCCUGUAGUUCCAGAAAUCCCAGUUGGAGGAUUCCUGGAAUCGGGAGGUGAAUAAGCAGGAAAUCCGUAAACCAAGGAUUUUAUUGAAAGUUCAGAAUUUGUCAACCCAAGUUAACACUAGGUCUGCAAACAAACACUUUAGAGCAGGGCUUCCCAAACUCGGUCCUGGGGUCCACCCAGAGCUUGUUUUGGAAUGAGACCGUACAGAGCGUAUGACAAUGGCAAGGUUGUGAGGGUAGGCCAGACGGUGACCACCUCAGAAUACACUCCAGGGCUAGACAGACCACUGUGUCUCCAUCACAUAUCUAUCUGUCACAUAUUUAAAGACAAUAUAGAGAAUAUAUAUAUAUGUUUGUGUGAAUGUACAUGCUUCAUAGGGGCCUAUGGACUGUAACAGUAUGCAGAUGAAUGAUUCUAUAGUACAUGUAUUUCAACUAGUUCUCAGGCCUGUGGAAGUUCAGUAGUCAUGUCUUAGCAGGUAUUUGCAUGUUUUACUGUUUUUGUCUUUGGUUGUCACCUUUUUUAAAUGUACUCACAAACCAGAAUGACACCAUGGAGCAAAUAUAUAUAUAUUUUUUUCUUAUUCCUUAAUAAAACCAUUUAAAUGUUAGUGAUAUUUUUUUCCAUUGUUAUUUAAUGUAUUUUUGUAUUUUUAUCUUAAGAGGCAUAAACACAUUCUCCUGCAUCCUAAUGUGCCAAAAUCCAGUACGUCAGUUUGAUCUUUUUUAUUUCUGUUUUGCACUUGUUAUUCUGUGGACCUUAACAAAUGGUUCCUAGGUUUCCCAGUAGACAUUAUAAAUAAAUAGGUACUAUAUCAUUUUUACCAACUAAUUCACAUUUUAAAUGUAUCACAUUAGUUCCAUACAUUUCAUUGAUGGCCUUUUUAUUCUUUAAUCAUCUUGAUUAGAAAACAGACAGACAGAAUGCUCCUCCAUAUUUGCAUUCUUGCUGAAAAAGGGACUUAAUGCACAGUUUUUCAAAGGAAAAUCAGAUCUGAAGUUUGACUAUUGGGGCUGUAUGAUAGGCAUAUUAAGUACAAUUGUAAUGUACAUUUUUUUGUAGUAGGUAGAGAUGGUUUAAAAUGAGGGAUGCCAUGUGAAAUGGUUGUAUUUCUAAGAAGAAUGACAAGCUGCCAGGUACUGUUCUGCGGUUUUAUUUUCUUUGAAAAAUGUGAUAUGUAUCAAAUGUUAAGACAUGAACAUUAGAAUAAAAGUCAUUUUCUCUAUCGCAAUGACA